UUGCUAGUGUACACCUGGGGCGAGGGGAAGAAAGGCCAGCUGGGCCACGGCGACGUGGAGCCUUUCAAGCACAACCCCGAGUGCGUGGAAGCACUCAAAGGGAAAAGCAUAAGCAGAGUGGGAGCAGGGGACGGGUUCAGUGUGUUCGUGAGCGACUCGGGCAUGCUCAUGACGUGCGGGGACGGCACGUUCGGCUGCCUGGGCCACGGCGACUGGAACAGCGACACGCGGCCCAAGCUCGUCGAGGCGCUGCUGAGCGUGGACGCCGCCGUGUUGGCGUGCGGGCCGCACCACGUGGCGGUGCUGAGCGGCGAGGGUGACAUGUACACGUGGGGGCGCGGCGACGGCGGCCGCCUGGGGCUGGGCCACGAGGAGGACAGGUGAGAGCAG